AUGGCCGGUCCCGAUUUCGGUGCACUUGGGGCAACCUUCAAAAUCUGCCGAGUUUUGCAAGCCAUGUCAUUGAUCGCUGUCAUCGGCAUGACUGCCAAUUUUGUGUCCGAGAUAGUUUCGGCCAAAACAGCCCCCCCUGCCGUUCUGGUUGGCACUCUUAGUGUGACAAGCGUGGCUGUGAUAUACUGUGUUAUCACAUUCAUCCUCUUCAUGGAUGGCAUCCUUCCUUUCCUGAUCAACACGGUACUGGACAGUCUACUACUGAUUGCGGUAAUUGUCGUGGCUGUCACUGUUGGCAAGCCCCUUUCAUAUCUUGAUUGCAACGUGAUCGGACAAGUCUCAGGUGCUUCCUCAUCUGCGUACGCUUUCACAGCAGCGCUUGGAAACAGUCUCGAUCAGGAUGGUGGAAAGAUUGAUUACAACCAUUGGAUUGGCGGUACAAAAAGUACAUGUUUGGAGAUGAAGUCGAUCUGGGGUCUAAGCAUUGCCCUCUGCAUUCUUUUCGCCUUCUCUGCCAUCUGCAGUACGUGUCUAUGGCGCCGCGGGAAGCAAACCGCGCCAAAGGAAGUUGAAGGAUAA